AUGGGGCACUAUAAUUGUAGUAUCCAGCUCAUUAGCUAUUACUUGAAGAGGAAGGUUCAGAGCAAACCCAUGGUUUUGGAUACGAUUGUAGAAGUCGAUGUUUACAAGAUCGAGCCCUCUGACUUACCAGAUGAUUUCUUGGCUGGUGCAUUUGCUAUUCUUAAUCUCAACUCUCAAGUGCUUUGUUUCAGAGCAUUCAAGGCUAAAGACAAAGGACCAAGAAUGGUUCUUCUUCAGUGCAAUGGAAAAGAAGAAGGGCAAAAGUGGUUAUAUGAACCGAUCAACGUACAAAGGCUUCUGGAAAAAAAAACUGGAGAAGACAAGAAAAUCCGGCGAGGAGACAAGCAGUUGAUCGGUACGAUGAAGACCCUCGUGUUCUACAAUGGGCAUUCUCCAAAGGUUCAACGAACUAAUUGGGUGAUCCAUGAGUAUUGUCUCGCUGAAAACGACCAAGGCCUUGAGAUUGAUAAGUAUGAGUUGUGCAGAGUGAUCCUCAAGAAACACGCUGGGCCACUUAAGGGACACGUGUAUGACGUGUAUGCACCCUUCUCGGAAUAA